UCGCAUGUGUUCAAAAGCUCAAUUGGAAUUUGUAAGUAUUACUACUGAAUGAGACAAUUAUUGCCAGUCGUAUGAAGACCACCAAAAACAAUAAAUCGUAUCGGCUGUUCACUUGGAGCAGUCAGUUGAUUCCGAGAUCGCAACGAGGAGAGACGAUUCUUUUCGUUCAGCUAUAAAUUACACGAGAUUGAUUUGCGUCACUCUUAAACCGUCCAACGUGAACGUGAAAAAAAAUGAGUUGCCCGUAUCAGAAUUUCACAAAUGGAGAUGAUGCCCAAAAGGGUGAAGUGCUGGGCACCGAAACGGGUAUGCUUUAUAGCGACUAUUUGAUGCUUGACAAAGUUCUCAAUGCACAGCGUAUGCAAUCAUCUGAGAUCAAUCGCCCUGUCCACGAUGAACAUUUAUUUAUCAUCACUCAUCAAGCUUAUGAGCUUUGGUUCAAGCAAAUCAUCUAUGAAAUUGACUCGAUUCGAGAUCUCUUUAAUACGAUUACCGUCGAUGAAUCUCGUACGCUGGAAAUUUUAAAGCGACUUAAUAGAAUUGCUAUUAUUCUCAAGUUGCUUGUGGAUCACAUUCCAAUUCUUGAGACAAUGACACCGUUAGAUUUUAUGGACUUUCGUGAUUUUUUAUCGCCCGCAUCGGGAUUUCAGAGUCUUCAGUUUCGUCUGAUGGAAAAUAAAUUGGGUGUGAAGCAAGAAAAUCGGGUCAAGUACAAUCAACGCUAUCAAGAUGUGUUUGGUGAUGAUUCCACGGCGGUGGAAAAGAUCAUUGCUUCGGAAACGGAACCAUCGCUAUGUGAUUUGGUUCAAAAAUGGUUGGAACGAACACCUGGAUUGGAAGAGGAUGGUUUCAAUUUUUGGGCCAAAUUCAAGACUAACGUUUACAAUUUGUUGGAUCAAGAGGAGGCAAAAGCGAAAGCCCUGUCCGAUGAAUUUGUUCGCAAUUAUCGUUUGAUGGAUGUCAAUAAACGGCGUGACGUUUAUCAUACGAUUUUCAAUCAAGAUGCUCAUGAAGCGCUCGUUUCACGUGGCGAACGUAAAUUCUCGUACAAAGCAAUGCAAGGCGCCAUUAUGAUCACCCUGUAUCGUGACGAGCCAAGAUUCAGUCAACCGCAUCAAGUGCUCACUUGUCUCAUGGAUAUAGAUAGUUUUAUGACGAAAUGGCGAUACAGUCACGUGAUGAUGGUACAAAGAAUGAUUGGUUCGCAGCAGCUUGGUACGGGCGGCUCAUCGGGUUAUCAAUACUUACGUUCAACUUUAAGCGAUCGCUACAAGGUGUUCUUGGAUCUUUUCAACUUGUCAACGUUUCUUAUUCCGCGUAAUUAUAUUCCACCGCUUACAACUGAAAUGAUCAACCAACUGAAUACAAACUCUCGUGUUUCGAAACCAGCAAAUUAACUUUGUGUCGCUUAGCGACAACGAUUUAUUUGAAAAUCUUUUGAUUUGUUUCAUCGCUGAAAUGAAUAAAACUAAAUGUGGCAACA